GAUAAUGAAUUUCCCAAUGCACUUUGACCUCGACAAGGGGCUGGCGGGGGUCAUGAGCCAGCUCCAGAAGAUCAUCCAAUCAGAAGGGAACACACAACUCAAACACGUGGUUGAUAUCUCCAAUGUGCCAUCCUAUGAUUGGAUGAGGGUAGUAUCGGUCAGGAAUCCAUCAGUACGAACCAAUAGGAAGGUCUCGCUGGUCUUCAAUCAUUUAGAACCUAAGGAACUAGCGGAUCAUCUCACAUUCCUGGAAUACAAGAUCUUCAGAAGAUUAAAUUUUGCUGAUCUGAAGAGUUAUGCCCUCUCUGGUCAGUUAAAAGACAACUUAAAGCUUGAGCGAUCCAUCGGUCUCUUCAACGGCCUCUCGCUGUGGAUAGAAUGCAUGGUUUUAAGUAGACAUACGCCUAAACAGAGAGCAGAGGUCAUUACAAAGUUUGUACAUGUGGCAAAGAGGUUACGGCAGCUGAAUAAUUUCAAUACUUUGAUGGCUGUGGUCGGUGGUUUGAGCCAUAGUUCCCUGGCGAGGUUACGGCAAACAUCUGCUCAUGUCUCAUCAGAAACGCAGAAGAUCAGUUCAGAAUUAUCAGAGAUGUUGUCAUCGGCAAGUAACUUCAGCAAUUACCGAAAGGCUCUAGCGGAGGCAAGAGGAUUCAAGAUUCCUAUCUUAGGGGUCCACCUGAAGGACCUGAUCCUCCUGCACACAGCCCUCCAGGACAAGACAGAGGAUGGUCACAUCAACAUGAGGAAGAUGGCCCAGCUCUCUGUCACCUUCGCUGAACUCAUGCAGCUCCAGAACUGCAAGCAACCUCUUGCCGCCAACAUGGACCUAGUUAACAUGCUCAGGGCUUCAUUGGAUCUACAGUACACUGAGGAUGAGAUCUAUGAAUUGUCCCUGGCCAGAGAACCAAGAAAUUCAACCAGUACUCCCCCAACCCCCACCAAGCCUGCAGUGUUCGCAGAGUGGGCAGCCGGUGUGUCGCGGCAUGCUGACCAAGAAUCGAUCGCCAAACAUGUGACUGCUAUGGUAGAGGCCGUGUUCAAGAAUUAUGACUUGGAUAAGGAUGGCUUAAUUACAUACUCCGAGUUCCAGAGUAUAGCGACCAGCAAUUUCCCUUUUAUGGACUCCUUCUGUGUGCUUGAUGCGGAUCGGGAUGGCCUGAUCAGCAAGCAGGAGAUGCAGUCCUACUUCGUGCGCGCCCACAGCCUGGCCCUCAGCACGAGCUUCAAGCACACCUUCAGCGUCCACACCUACUUCAGCCCGACCUUCUGCGUCCACUGCACCGGCCUCCUCUGGGGGCUCAUCAAGCAGGGGUACAAGUGCAAGAUCUGCGGAGUCAACGCCCACAAGCACUGCAAGGAGAGGGUCGUCAUGGAGUGCCGCAGCAAGAAGUCCCUCGGCCUCAACGGCAGCAUGGUCAUGUCGUCCUCGGGCACGCAGUCGCCCACAGGGGGCGCCCUGCAGCGGAGGCACACGAUGGACGGUGGGGGUCCCAUCAUGAAUGGAAUGAAUGGGCUAAAUGGGCACAAGGAAACAAAUGGCACAACUAAAACUAAGAACAUGUCCUGGGAAGACAAGAGACGGAUCUCACUCCGUCAGAAGACACGUCUGAUCGAGACCGCCACACAGACGGAAGACCUUAUACCCAACACCCCUCCAGAAUCAGACAAAGAAUCAGAAGAACAUGAGAUGGAGGUCGACCAGGGGCACGACCAUGGUGGAAUCAUCUGUGAUGGACGACGGUUAAGUGAACUCAGUGAGGAUGAGAGUACGAGUAGUUUUGGCGACCACGGAAGCACGGCAGGAAGUGAUUCAAGCGUCUUCUUGAGGUCGCCGAAGCCCGAUUUGAAAGAGAAAUUGAUGAUGGCUGAAAGGGAUCGGGACUCGCUGCGGGCCGAAAACAACAGACUGAAAGAAGAGAUGAAGGGAAUCAAUAUGAAGAACCAGCAGUUAGAACACCAGUUAGAAAUGGUCAAGAGACAUACGGUGUCAUUUAUUAUUGACCAAAUGGACUCGAUUCAUGUGCAGAAAGACACGACAGUCUAGAGGUUCAGUGUAACCAGGACACACUUUUUUUAUGCAGAAAGACACUACUAUCUAAAGGUUGUUUCCAGGGGAGCAUUUCAUGAAAGGACUUGAUGGACAUGUUAUGCGACAAGCCCUGUUUUAUCCGACAGUUGCCAUAGAAACAGUGCUUCUCGGUCAAUCAGAGGAAAUUUUUCAGAUCCGACAACUUGUCGGACAACAAUGUUGACGAAAUGCUCCCCAGGACCCACCUCAUCUGCAGAAAGAUACUACUGUAUAAAGGUUGUGACGACCAUGACGAACAACCAUUACCAUUGACAGGAAGAUAGCAUCAUCUAGAAGUGGUGACCUGAGCAAACAACCCAACAACAUAAUACUGUCAACAGAAGAAUAUUACUGUUUUGAGGUGGUAUCAGCGUCAGUACAUAACCAGUAAUGAUAAUCAAUUAAUAAGCUUAUUAAUUAUCAUUUAUGAUAGUGAUGAUUAUUCCAAUUAUCAAUUGUAAUACGGACAUGGUGAUAUUGAAACCCUUUAUUUGAAAGAAUCAUCUCAAUAGUGAUAAAAUGCCAGCAGCACCAGAUUUAUGAUUUUGUUAAACUUGCCCCCAAUAAUGCAAGAAAAUUAGGAAAAAAUCAGAAGAGCGCCCUUGAUGUUUUAAAGAAGGGAGGUAGACUCACAAGGUCUUGGUGAAAGGAAGAUGCUCUGUAGAUUGAUGAAAAUAUUCUCCAACUUCAAUGAAUGAAUACAUCAAAAUAGUUUUAAAAACUUGUGAAUAACAUUGGAAACAAACUUUGUUACUCGGACCGGAACUUUUGGAAUCCACUUAUUGCAUCGAGAAGGUCUUCCUACAUUGUAGAGUGGAAGUGAGUUUGGUAUCCAGAUCGACUCUGAAACUGGAGACGUUCAUAGAACAACCCCACUGAUGACACCCUUCAAAUUAUGCACAUCUUGUCAAUGCUGCUACUGAAUAUUUUGAUGGAUAUUAUUGUAUGAAACCAACCAGUUUAUUUUCUUAAAAACUGUGGGAAAACACAAUCUUGUAAGUUUCCGUCAGCUUGCACAAAACUUUGCUACUAUUCUAGUGAGGCUUAUAGCGGUUUCAAUGUAGACAUCAGAGACUGAAACAGAAAUUUCCAGGAGGCAAUUUCUUUUAAGACAGGUCGAUAAGCUGAAGUCUGUCGCUUAUGGUUCUAUAGGUUUCGGAACACCCUUGUUGACCUUUUUUGAAAGACCCGUACCAGUGUCGACCACCAUCACUCCUACCAUGUGACCUACUGUUCAACACUACAAAAGCAAAUAAGAUUGACCACAUUUUGAUGUUCUACUAGAACAUAACUUAUGCAUAUUCUUCGAUGCCUUGUACAUAAGAUGCAAAAGCAUUCAGUGUCCUAAAGAAUGUCUUGACUUGUGGCAUAUCUAAACCAAGUGCUUUGAAAAACUAGAAGAAAAACCGCGGAUGUUGAUACAGUCACAGGCCGGAGAGACACUUUUACUUCAUUUUGCUCUCAUAUUACCAACAAAGACAUGAGCUAUUGUCCAAAUGUCAAUUGCCCAUACAUCGACGAGUAGUAGGGAAUGUAUAUGUUUGGAUGUUUACAACAGUAACUGGAUCUACGUAGCCUGCGAAACAGAUGUAUUUUCCACUGAUAACCAAAAGGAUAUGGGGUAGUACACAAGCUAGAAAAACACCACAAUGGCUCUUAACAAUAAGAGAUGUCUCAAAAUAUGCAUGAAUAAAACAUUCUUCCCACGACAAUAGCAAUUGGUUGCACAAUGAGGCUGUCAAAUGUUCCAUAUUUAUUUGAUUCUCUUUGAAAUUAAAUAAUUCCUGACAAGACUAUUUUUUUGUAAGAUUCAUUUUUAUCAUUCUAGAUGCUGCAGUAUGAAAUGGUGGCAUUUUAUGCUUAAUUAAAGAAUUGAAUUCAUGUAAAUAUAUCUUACCUCGUAAGCAAGGAAUAAGUACUGCUAAACACAGAGAAAACAGAAAAUCUCAAAGUAUGUUUUUUAUAUUAACUUAUUAGAUGAUCACUUUAUUCUAUAUCUGUUUUUGAAGGAAUAUGUUCUUUCUUUGCUUGAGACAAACAGGGAACAAAUUAUUUUGUGUAGGAGCAUGCUUCACAUUCACACACACACACACACACACACUUGUAUUUGUAAUGGCGGCUAAAUGGGGGCAGUUAUAACAAAAACUCCUGUAUAACCACAUGGAGGUGGGGACACACACUCCUGUGUUCUUCAUGCAUGUGAGGACCUUUGUGUAUGUGAAUACAAUGUGAAUACAUUUUGCGUCAUUUCUAACAUUCUGUAGCACCAUCUGACAUUCAGUUAGCAGCCAUUAGAGUAGCCCCAAAAACAGGGAUUGUCCCCAUUUUCGGAAACAUCCUCAGUUUGAUAGUGGAGAGUCAAACUGCGUCUCUUGGUUAUAACACACUACAGAUGCACACAACACUCGUUGUACACAGCUGAAUCGGGUGAUCAUGAAUAAGAAUUCUCACAAUGUCACUACUUGCCACUGCAUUAUUUGGUUAACGUGCUGCACGCAUCCAACAUACAGAGUCUUUUGGAAGUGUAAGAAUUGUUCCUUUACAAUUAUGUACAUACGCAGCUUUAUUCAAGUCUGAACAUAUGGUCCACAUCCACUGUCAUGCAAUGCAGUCUCUUCAUUACUGGUACUUUAUAAACUAUACAUUUACUAUCUGCCAAGUUCUAACGCGCAAACAUAUAUGUGUGAGUAAUUUUUUUUUAAAGAAAGUGCUGCAUCAGUGAAAUUCAAGGUAUUUUUCAAUAUUAUUCAAAGAUAAAUCAUUGAUGUCCUUAUGAAUAUAUCAUUUAAUUGGACCAAGGAAUAUAAUCUCUUCUACAUCUACAAUAAAAUAGAUGGUAGAAAAGGGCUUUCUCCAUAUUUCUUUAUAUAUUCAUUUCAAGUUCAUGAAAUGAUUGUAUUUAAACAUUCCAUCUUGCAUGUGCUUCAUCAUAUAAUUUCUUUUGCACUUCGAUGGUUACGUUAUUACUUUGUUAUUAUUCUAUAUGAUUUAAUUAUUCUAUUUUUAAUGAAGGGUCAUCCUAUUCAAAGACUUGUUUCGCUGAAAGAUUGUGUAGUUAGAUUUGUGGGAAAAUGUAGGAUUUUAAUUGAUGACCAAAUCAAAGAAUGAAUAAAUUUUCAUCUAUUUUAAUACAUUUGAGGAAGAACUUUGGUUGCUUUGCAAAACGAAUGGGCCUGAAGUAGCAUUUUGAAUGAAAUAAUGACAAGUGGACAGAUAUUAUUACAGACAGUAAGAAUCUGACGUAUAUGUUGACAAGGAGUGUCAGAUUUUGAAAUAUACAGUUGAGGCCAGAAGUUUACAUACACCCAGGAAAAAAAAAAAAGUUGACACUUACCAAACAUCAUAUAGUUUACUGUAUCUUAUAAAAUAUUUGUACCAUCAUGACGAAUUUGAUAUCAAACAAAUGAGUAUGUCAUGCUCCUUCAUCACAUUGCUUUGUCAUCAGGAGCUGAAAAAUAUUUAAGUGUCAUUUUUUUCCUCAAAAUCUUUAUAUUUUAGACAAAUUAAAAAUAAAAACUUGACAAAAACAUUUCAUAUUUGUGCUAGUUACUUCUUAACACAAACAUUUCAGAUUACACUUUUUUGUUCAGUGGUGACAUAUCAUGAUAGAAAAUGUAAUAAAAAUCAUAUCAUAGAUUUGACAUUUAUAUAUUUCUAUGAAACAAUGUUUGAAAAUAUAACAAACAAUAGAAUACAUUUGGCACAAAUAUUCCUUUUUUUUUCUUCAAAGAAAAUUCCACCAGAAAUAUACUUUAAUCCCAACAGCAUCCCAAUCAUGUGAAAUAACUGAUUACGCUCUUUCGUUUGAUUCCAAAUUCGUCAUGGUAGUAUUUAUAGUUCUCAAGAUAUAGUCAAUUUUACGAUGUUUGGCAAGCAAACAAAUUUCACUGAAUUACUUUAGAUGUAUGUAAACUUUUGGCCUCAACUGUGUAUCAGUAGAGAUAGCUAACCCUAAACCUAUUUACUGACCAGGACAAUUUAACAGACAUAUUGACAGACAAAGGGAGAAUUGGACAGACAUCAUGAGAGAUAAAAUUACACAUCAAGAGAUACAGACAUGUUGAUUACACAAUUAGAACUGGACAGAUAUAUUAAGAGAAGGUUGCAUACUAACAGAGACUGGCAUAUUGACAGAGACAGUGACAAAGGCAGUGAACUUGAUAAACCUAUCAACAGACAAUGUCAGUUGAAGAGACAUAUUGACAGAAGCAAUGAGAAUUGGACAGACACUUUGAGAAAUGGACAGAUGUAUUUACAUAAGCAACGAGAAUUGGGCAUACAUAUUGACAGACAGUGAGAAAUGGAUAGGCAUAUUGACAGACACACUUAAGAAAUGGACAUUGACAGACAGUGAAAAUUGGACAGACAUAUUGAGAAGAAACAGUGAGAAAUGGACAGACAUAAAAAAACACAGUGAGAAUUGAACAGACACAAUGACAGACACAGUUAACAAUUGACGUAUACACUGACAGAGACUGAGAAUUGGACGAACAUA